AUGGCCGGGAAUAUAUCGAUCUCGCCAUUUCUGUUCCAGCGUUGCUUCCAGCAAGCAUGGUCCGGAUCGCGACGGGCUCGCGUCAAUUAUGGCAGCACCAAAUAUGGAACGAAACCCGGUGAUAAUGACACUGUGCAGCUUCCAAGGAGGGUUGGAAUUGCCGUCAGUGGUGGCGCCGACUCCAUGGCUUUGGCAUACUUAUGCAAGCAAUUGGAACGCUCUUCUGAUAUUGCUGGGGCUAUUUCUGUCACUGCUUUUGUUGUAGAUCAUCGUGCUCGUUCAGAAAGCACUAUUGAAGCACAAAAGGUUGCUGGGUGGCUUCGUGAUAUGGAUAUCAGAACCCAUAUUCUCAGUUUAGACUGGUCUGAAAUUACAUCAAGUCAGAAUCAAUCUUCGCCAAAGUCUGGAGCAUCGAGUCCCAUGCCGUCUGCCUUUGAGACACAUGCUCGACGGCUCCGUUUCCAAGCCCUCGGCAUAGCUUGUCAUGAGUUCAAACUUGAAACACUGCUUCUAGGCCAUCAUCAAGAUGACAAUAUUGAAACCACCAUUUGGCGGCUCUCCACUGGGGCAACUGGGUUAGGUCUUGGUGGCAUCGCCGAAGUUGCUCGAAUCCCCGAAUGCCAUGGUCUCUUCGGGGCUUCUGAGAGCUGGUCAACUACAUCAAUCCCCACAAAACCACCGACAAACCCCCAAGUCAGAGUCCGGUUCGAUAACCAGAAGCAUGGGUUCAUCACAUUUCCAGACCCAAACGCCAAGACAGAUAAAAUUACCUUCAACCUCACAUCUAAUGCAAACAUGGCAAGUCCUGGCAUAUUCAUCUGCCGACCUCUGCUAUCUUUCACCAAAACAAGUCUUCUGGAGACCUGCCACAAAAACAAAGUCCCCUACGUCUCCGACCCAACAAAUUUCGACCCAACCCUCACUCCUCGGAACGCCAUCCGCAGCCUUCGCACCUCAAACUCCCUACCCCGAGCACUGGAAUCACAAUCCAUCCUCUCCCUAAUCCGCUCAAGCCAAACCCUCCUCCAGAGGUCAGACGAGCUUUCAAACUACCUCCUUUCAUCUCAAUGCCGAAUUCUAGAUUUCAAUCCCAAAGCAGGGUCGGCGGUCAUUCAAUUCCUGGAUACAACCCCAGCAUCCAUGGACCCGCAACUGGCAACAUUAUCAGCGUCUCGAAUGCGGCAGAUCCAGACCAUCGUUCUCCGCCGCAUCACAGAACUAGUCUCCCCAUUCCCCGAUAACCAUUUCUCGCUACGCAGCUAUGAGUCUCUAGUCCCCAAUGUGUUCUCGGGUCCAGAUGGCUCUCAUGGGACAGGCCAGAAAAGAAGAAAUGCCUUCACGGUAGCCGGGGUUCUAUUCCAGCGUCUCGCAAACGAAGCCUCCACGCCUGGAAAGUCCCAAGACCCACGUCUCGGUGAUAAUAUCUGGUUGCUAUCCCGGCAACCAUUCAUGAGAAAUCGUGAUCCCGUGACGCAACUCAAUGUUUCGCCUAGUGGUAGUUUUACUCAGUGGGUUUUAUGGGAUAACAGGUAUUGGAUGCGGCUUCGUCUCGUUCCGAUCGACUGUGACCCCAAUCAAUUAGAGGAUCGACUAUUAAGUCUUCCGCUUACAAUACGACCACUCCAUAAAUUUGAUAUUGAACGGAUACGCAAAGAUGCGGUUAAUUCAAGGCCGCAGAGGAUGAACAAGGAUUCUGUUGUCGAGCAGAAAAUUCCCGGGACUUUUGAGCACCUCAAAGCCCUCUUGUCCGUCGAAGCGCCUGCUCAGCUGCGCUUCACUUUACCUGUGAUAUCAAGGGAAGGCGUGAUUGCCAAGCCAGGAAAGCCUCUUGGUCAGAAGAUUUGGCAACAACUGGCAUUGCCAACUUUGGACUAUCGGCUAUCCAGUCAUUCAACUAAGUAUUCUUCUCUCAAUGAGGUGGAAUUGAUACAUCUACGCUGUCGCUGGAAACUAAAAUGGCAGUGGAUGUACAAAAUGAUUGAUACUGAGGCACUACGCUUGAUGGGCUGGCCGGUGGGUAAAGAUGCCGAAGACGCUUAG